AUGCUCAGCAUUCCAUCUCUGGGCCGUUAUGCCGUCGCCCUGGGCUUCGGUUCGGUGCUCCUGGCCGAGACGGCUCAUGCCCAGUCCUCUUCAGGUGUUGUGGUUGAUGGCACAGACUUCGCUCUAAACGGCGAGCACGUCUCCUACCGCUUCCACGUCGACAAUGCCACCGGUGAUCUCAUCGGAGACCACUUCGGCGGCUCGGCCUACGAGACUGUGCCCCUGCCGGUGCCAGAAGUUAACGGCUGGGUCGGCAUGCCUGGCAGAGUGAGGCGUGAGUUCCCAGACCUGGGCCGUGGUGACUUCAGAAUCCCGGCUGUGCGUGUCCGCGAGACCGCGGGAUACACCGUCAGCGACCUCCAGUACCAGUCUCAUACCGUUGUCCCGGGCAAGCCGGAGCUUCCGGGGUUGCCCUCGACCUUUGGCAGUGAGGAGGACGUCUCUACUAUCGUGGUCCACCUCUACGACAACUACUCUUCCAUCGCAGCAAACCUCACGUAUUCCAUCUUCCCCAAGUAUGAUGCCAUUGUCAGGAGCGUGAGUCUCACGAACCUGGGAGAGGGCAACAUCACUGUCGAGAGGCUGGCUAGUUUCAGCGUUGACUUGCCUUACACCGACCUGGACAUGAUCGAGCUCCGUGGAGACUGGGCGAGAGAAGCCAUGAGGUUGAGGAGAUCAGUCGAGUAUGGCGUUCAAGGCUUCGGCAGCACUACCGGAUACUCAUCGCAUCUGCAUAACCCUUUCCUCGCCUUGGCCACACCAAGUACUACCGAGACGCAGGGAGAGGCAUGGGGCUUUUCUCUGGUCUACACGGGCUCGUUCCAGGUAGACGUCGAGAAGGGGUCUCAAGGACUCACACGCGCGAUGCUUGGCUUUAAUCCCUAUCACCUUUCUUGGGGCCUGGGACCAGGUGAAACCCUCACGUCUCCCGAGACAGUAGCCGUGUACUCCAACACGGGCGUCGGUGGCCUCUCGCGGGCCUACCACCGUCUGUACCGCAACCAUCUCAUCAAGAGCGACUUAGGAGCCGAGACACGCCCAGUCCUGCUGAACUCCUGGGAGGGUCUCUACUUCGACUAUAACCAGAGCACCGUCUACACGCUUGCCCAGGAAGCUGCCGACCUGGGCGUCAAGCUCUUCGUGCUGGACGACGGCUGGUUCGGCGAGGAAUAUCCUCGUGUGUCUGACGACGGUGGUCUCGGUGACUGGGAGGUCAACACACAGAGGUUCCCCAGCGGCUCCCUCGGCCCGCUCGUCGAUGAGGUCACGAAGCUGCAAGCCGCCAAUACCACGACCAACCUGCGGUUCGGGCUAUGGUUCGAGCCAGAGAUGGUCAACCCCAACUCGACACUGUAUAACGAGCACCCAGACUGGGUGCUGAGCGCCGGCAGCUACCCGCGUACGCUGCGCCGCAACCAGCUGGUCCUCAACCUCGCGCUGCCCGAGGUGCAGGACUUCGUUAUCAGCUCCGUGGCCGACAUUCUCAGCAACGCCUCCAUCACGUACGUCAAGUGGGACAACAACCGCGGGUUCCACGAGACACCCUACGACGGCGUCGACCACGCCUACAUGCUCGGCAUGUAUCGCGUCUUCGACACGCUGACGACGCGCUUCCCGGACGUGCUGUGGGAGGGCUGCGCCAGCGGUGGCGGGCGCUUCGACCCGGGCGUGCUGCAGUAUUUCCCACAGAUCUGGACCAGCGACAACACCGACGCCCUCGAGCGCAUCUACAUCCAGUUCGGCACCAGCCUCGUCUAUCCCCCCUCCGCCAUGGGCGCCCACGUCAGCGCCACGCCCAACCACCAGACUGGCCGCUCGACGCCCAUCAGCUUCCGCGCCCACGUCGCCAUGAUGGGCGGCAGCUUCGGGCUCGAGCUCAACCCGCCCAAGAUCCCCGAGGAGGAGCGCGAGCAGAUCCCGGACCUCAUCGCCCUCGCCGAGCGCGUCAACCCCCUCGUCAUCUCCGGCGACUUCUGGCGCCUACAGCUGCCCGAGGAGUCCAACUGGCCCGCUGCCAUGUUCGUCUCCGAGGACGGAUCCGAGGCUGUGCUCUUCUACUUCCAGAUCCGGUCCGUCUGGAACCAGGCUCUGCCCUACAUCCGCCUUCAGGGUCUCGACCCUGCGGCGACCUACUCCAUCGACGGUGGCGCGACCUACUCCGGUGCCACGCUUCAGAACGUCGGCCUGCAGUACUCGCUAGAUGGUGAUUAUAAUAGCACCGUGGUAUUCAUCAACCGCGUCUAA